AUGCGCGUCGAUAACUGUUUCUUCUGCGGUAGGCCCGCGUGGCCUAGCAAGGGUAUCACCUUUAUGCGCAACGAUGGCAAAUCUUUCCGCUUCUGCCGCUCAAAAUGUCACAAGAACUUCAAGAUGAAGCGCAACCCCCGCAAGCUCAAGUGGACAAAGGCCUAUCGCAAGAACGCCGGCAAGGAGAUGACGGUCGACAGCACUCUGCAGUUUGCCGCCCGCCGCAAUGUGCCCGUCCGCUACGACCGCGAGCUCUUCGCCAAGACCCUCAAGGCCAUGGAGCGCAUCAGCGAAAUCAAGGCCCGCCGCGAGAGAAUCUUCUACAAGAAACGCAUGGCCGGCAAGAGGGCGCGCGAGGUUGCCGCGGCCAGGAAGCUGGUGGCUGACAACGAGCACUUGCUUCCCAGACUCAGGGGCAGCGAGAAGAGGAGGUUGGUUGAGUUGGCUGCUGAGAGGGGUGUCGAUGUUGAGGAGCUGGAGAGAGAGGAGCUCGCCGCCAAGGCUUCCGGGAAGAAGAGCAAGGCUUUCGGUGGUGAGGUGAAGAGAUUGAGGGUCAGGACUGACGGUGGCGUGGAGGAAAUUACCGAGUCUUUUGGCGGUGUUGUGGGCGAGGAUGACGACGAGGACGACGGAUUCGAGGACGAGGAUGAUGAGAUGGAUACCGACUGA